AAGAAAUUUGAACCAGCAUUAUAAACAGAAUGGCAGAACGGUGUCAAAGAUGUAUGAAACCUGUGUACUUCGCAGAAGAACUUCGUGCCUUAGGAAGGAAAUGGCAUAAACUUUGCCUAAAAUGUGCCAGUUGCAACAAAUUGUUGGACAGUACUACCUGUACUGACCAUCAGGGGGAAGCGUUUUGUAAGGCCUGCUACGGAAAGAAUUUCGGACCAAAGGGAUAUGGCUUCGCAGGUGGUGCUUCAGGCCUUUCUGCCAACAGUACGACCAAAUAUGGACAGGUGGAUGGAAUCAAUAACUUCGUUAAGGCUGUAUCAGCGCCAUUGCUCCAAACACCGGCCAGUUGGGCUGCACGGGAUGCAUGCCUUCGUUGUGGACACACCGUCUACUAUGCAGAGGAGGUUCGUGCCAUGGGACGCAAGUGGCAUAAAAUCUGUCUCAGUUGUGGGCAUUGUGGGAAGCCUCUGGAUAGUUCCACUUGUACGGAUCAUGAUGGAGAUAUUUUUUGUCGAAACUGCUACGGCAAGCUUUUCGGUCCUAAAGGUUACGGCUACGCUGGCGGAGCUAUGCUGCUCUCCAUGGAUACGGGACGUCCUUACGAGAUUCCCUUGGACAAUGUCUCGCACUAUGCCCAGGCCCAGGCUGCCCCUGUUAUAAACGGUGGAGGUGGAAAUCGGUUUGGUGGUGGUGAGAAAUGCCCACGAUGUCAAAAGACAGUAUUCUUUGCAGAAGAGGCCCGCGCUAAUGGCAGGAAGUGGCACAAAUUAUGUCUUAAAUGUGCGAACUGUAAUAAAAUGCUGGACAGCACCACCUGUACAGACCAUGAUGGAGAAGCAUAUUGUAAAGCAUGUUAUGGCCGAAUGUUUGGCCCAAAGGGCUAUGGUUUUGCUGGGGGAGCAUCUGGACUAUCCAUGGACACAGGCCGAGCAGGGGAAAUAACUACAGAGAAUGUAUCACGACUGGCAAUGGCACAGGCUGCCCCUCUGAUAGAGGGAAACAUCCAGCAAUCCAAAUAUGGUGGUGCAGAGUUGUGUGGUCGGUGUGGCAAGCAGGUGUACUUUGCUGAGCAGGUCAUUGGAGGGGGAAAUACUUACCACAAGGCCUGCUUUAAGUGCUCUGCAUGUGGAAAGAACCUUGAUUCCACAACACUGACACAAAAUGAUGGAAGUAUUUUCUGUAAAGCUUGCUAUGGGAAGCAUUUCGGACCAAAAGGGUUUGGUUUUGGCCAAGCACUUCAGCACACUGCCUAGAGACAUUACAACAGAUCCCUUGUUACAUAUCAGAGGACCAACUCUGGGACCAGACUACAAACUCUCACCUUGUGGACUUAUGAAACCAAAAGGAAAUACUCACUAGAAAAUUUACCUCAGUUAUAUCGAGUUUUUUUGCACAAGUAACAAAAUUUUUAUUCUGAAAAUUAUAAGGUCAGCUGCUAUCUUACCUAUUGAUGGUUAUGUUAAAGACUUUAAAAUUUCAUUUGUUUGACAGAAAUAUUUUUAUCAGAAAUGGUAUGUCACUGAAUUAUAGUACAGAGAAUCUGGUCCACUCUGCAAUGUUUUAUAUCGGCUGAUAAGUCUUAGACACAACAUCAUCAACACCAUCAAGUAUGCUUAUUUUUAUCGCAUGUGCAUUUAACUCUCAGUUCUUAUCGUUGUUUUCUUUUCCAUUUUAUAUUAUAUUUUUUUUUCAU